AUGGCCCUGCAGGUCUGCCACCCUGCUCUACCCACUGCCACCCUGCUCUUCCCACUGCCACCCUGCUCUACCCACUGCCACCCUGCUCUUCCCACUGCCACCCUGCUCUACCCACUGCCACCCUGCUCUUCCCACUGCCACCCUGCUCUACCCACUGCCACCCUGCUCUUCCCACUGCCAUCCUGCUCUACCCACUGCCACCCUGCUCUUCCCACUGCCACCCUGCUCUACCCACUGCCACCCUGCUCUACCCACUGCCACCCUGCUCUACCCACUGCCACCCUGCUCUACCCACUGCCACCCUGCUCUUCCCACUGCCACCCUGCUCUACCCACUGCCACCCUGCUCUUCCCACUGCCACCCUGCUCUACCCGCUGCCACCCUGCUCUACCCGCUGCCACCCUGCUGUUCCCACUGCCACCCUGCUCUUCCCACUGCCACCCUGCUCUUCCCACUGCCACCCUGCUCUACCCACUGCCACCUUGCUCUUCCCACUGCCACCCUGCUCUACCCACUGCCACCCUGCUCUUCCCACUGCCACCCUGCUCUCCCCACUGCCACCCUGCUCUACCCACUGCCACCCUGCUCUACCCACUGCCACCCUGCUCUUCCCACUUCCACCCUGCUCUACCCACUGCCACCCUGCUCUACCCACUGCCACCCUGCUCUACCCACUGCCACCCUGCUCUUCCCAUCUACUCAGUACUGUUUGUGGAGGCUAUUGUCUUCGAGCUGCAGAAUGCUCCUCCAGAGGACUAUACCCUACAAACUGUACACCACAGGGGGUUGAGGGCACCUUCAAUGGAGAGGAGGAGCUCAGCACACAAAGGGUGUCCCAAUGUGAGAGAAGCAGGAGCAGCCCCAGUCCACCACGGGCUCUCCCCAGCCCACCACGGGCCCUCCCCAGCCCACCACGGGCCCUCCCCAGUCCACCACGGGCUCUCCCCAGUCCACCACGGGCCCUCCCCAGCCCACCACGGGCCCUCCCCAGUCCACCACGGGCCCUCCCCAGCCCGCCACGGGCCCUCCCCAGUCCGCCACGGGCCCUCCCCAGCCCGCCACGGGGGCCACGGGCCCUCCCCAGCCCGCCACGGGCCCUCCCCAGCCCGCCACGGGCCCUCCCCAGCCCGCCACGGGCCCUCCCCUCCCCACGGGCCCUCCCCAGCCCGCCACGGGCCCUCCCCAGCCCACCACGGGCCCUCCCCAGUCCGCCCGCCACGGGCCCUCCCGGGCCCUCCCCAGUCCCCCACCACGGGCCCUCCCCAGCCCACCACGGGCCCUCCCCAGUCCACCACGGGCCCUCCCCAGCCCACCACGGGCCCUCCCCAGUCCACCACGGGCCCUCCCCAGCCCACCACGGGGCCCUCCCCAGCCCCCACGGGCCAUCCCCAGUCCACCACGGCCCUCCCCAGCCCACCACGGCCCCUCCCCAGCCCACCACGGGCCCUCCCCAGCCCACCACGGGCCCUCCCCAGCCCACCACGGGCCCUCCCCAGCCCACCACGGGCCCUCCCCAGUCCACCACGGGCCCUCCCCAGCCCACCACCACGGGCCCUCCCCAGCCCACCACGGGCCCUCCCCAGCCCACCACGGGCCCCCACCACGGGCCCUCCCCAGCCCACCACGGGCCCUCCCCAGUCCACCACGGGCCCUCCCCAGCCCACCACGGGCCCUCCCCAGCCCACCACGGGCCCUCCCCAGCCCACCACAGGCCCUCCCCAGCCCACCUAA